GUAAAAUUAUGUAUGUGUCAAAAUAUUGCAUAACCGCGAACGGCUCAACCCCGAGCCGUGGUAACAAAUUUUAGUUGGGGGUAAUUGGAUAAUUGUGGUCAAUUACAUUACUAAUUACUAAUUGCCAAUUACUAUUAAUACUCCAUCAAUUGAUAACUUUUGAAACUAUUAAUAGUUUAUAGAUUUAAAUCAUUGAAUCAUUGAAUCAUUAAUUAAUAUGACUAUCUCUCCAAAAUAUUCUUUAACUCAUUAUUAUCAUUCUGCUAAAGUUUUAGCAUCUUCAGUUAAUCCUGUUGCUCCACAUGUUAUUAAUCUUUAUUUAGAUUAUAAUUGUCCAUAUAGUGGUAAAAUAUUCUUUAAAUUAAAGGAUAAAGUAAUUCCUUCUUUACAACAAAAAUAUCCAAACAAAUUUCAAUUUGUUUAUGUAAAUGUUGUUCAACCAUGGCAUCCAAAUUCUGUUCUCCUUAAUGAAUUUUCAGUUGUCGCUGCUAAACUUUUAAGAGAGAAGGAAGUUUCUAAUUCUAAUGAAUUAUUUUGGGAUAUUUCUGAAAGUAUUUAUAAACAUAAGGAAGAAUUUUAUGAUACUGCAACUGUUAAUUUAGGUCGUAAUGAAAUUUAUGAUUAUAUUUAUUCAAUUGUUAGUAAGGAUGUUAAAUUACCAUUUACUAAAGAAGAAAUCUUAUCUCAAUUAACUAUUGAACCUCAAACUGAAUUAUCUAAACAAAGUAAUAUUGGAAAUGGUGCUACAGUUGAUAUUAAAUAUUUUACAAGAUAUUUAAGAGGUGUAGGUGCUCAUGUUACUCCAACAGUUAGUGUUAAUGGUAUUAUUAAUGAUUCAAUUUCUAGUGGUUCUGAACCAGAUCAUUUAAUUGAACUUUUUGCUGCUAAUUUAUAAUUUUAUAAAUAAUAUAACUAUUGUUAAUUUUGAAAUUAAUGCGAAAUUGUUUAUCUUAUAAAUAUAAAUAUACAAGAGUUUGUUACUAAUAUACAUGUAGACUAAGAAAAAAUUUAUUCUUCCAUGUCAUUUUCAUCGGCAUCAGAAUCAGAUUCAUCAUCUAAAGCUCCUGCUUCAACAGUCAUAACAUCUUCUGAACUACUACCUUGAUAUUUUCUUGCAAUUCUAGAUGCACGACCAGCUUGUUUAGCUUCAUUUCUAGCUGAUAUUUGUA